GAGAGAGAGAGAGAGAGAAAGAGAGGGAACACAGACCUCAUCCAGCUGUCGCACAGUAAACAGCCCAGAGGAGGACAGCAACAGGAAAGCUCCAACAUCACCUUCAUCUCAAACCUCCUCUUCACAGAUAAACGCUCUCCUUCAGCAGCUUGAGUUGCCCGUGGCGUCUCCGCUCUCGUCAGAUGUGAGUUUCCAAGCAGCUUGAAGAGUUUAUCCGAGCUUUAAUGAGACUCCGUGGCUCCGCGGAGCGCCGGAAGGAGUCGGGGGAGGAGGGGGAGGAGGCGCGGAGAGGCCGCGGAGGGGCUCCGGAGCUGCCGAGGGGGGCAGAGACGGAGAAAACGAAAGAGCGAGAGAUGGCCACGGGAGGAAUCACCACGCUCCCGGCCUCACCGGACGACGGCGCCAGCGGAGGCUUUCCUUCGGGGAACUUCAAGGAGCCCAAACGCCUGUACUGCAAAAACGGAGGCUACUUCCUACGGAUCAACUCGGACGGCAGGGUGGACGGGAUCCGCGAGAAGAGCGACCCGCACAUCCGGCUGCAGCUCCAGGCGACGGCCGUCGGUGAGGUGGUGAUCAAAGGUAUCUGCGCUAACCGAUACCUCGCCAUGAACGCUGACGGACGACUGUUCGGAUCGAGAAGAACAACAGAUGAAUGUUAUUUCCUGGAACGCCUGGAGUCGAACAACUACAACACGUACAGAUCCCGGAAAUACCCCGACUGGUACGUGGCUUUGAAGAGAACGGGCCAGUAUAAGAGCGGUUCUAAAACCAGCCCGGGCCAGAAGGCCAUCCUGUUUCUGCCCAUGACAGCCAAGUGCUGAUCAACCCGAAACGAGACUGACACACCACUGACGCAGAUGUGCUUCUAACCAACCUGACGUAACGAGAUUGAUGAGCUCAUCCAGAAGGUUAAAGGUCACCUGGAUCGCUUGUGCAGAUUUUUUACCGGUGUCUGGAAAACGCGUCACGAAAGCGCUUCCCUUUAGCAUUUAUAUCUAGGAACCGUUUCCAAACAGAUGUACUUGGAGAGCAUUACAGGGUUUAUUUGUUCGUGUUCAGUCACCCUGGAGAUAUCAGCAAGAUCCUCAGAAGAGACUCGUCAAUUCAAAAUCCCACCGAUUCCAUCUCAGAUCCAACUUUCCAAAAUACAUCAUUAUUCCACUGCGUUCCCUCAGUAGGGUUGGUUGGAAGAGUUCACUGAUCUGCACUAUAGAGAGAUGUUGAAUUUGACUGCAUCUUCCUGCAGGAAUGUUAGUACGGCCACAAAAUGUGAGAUUAUUUAAUGCUGCUUCUCUUUAUGCAAAAGAUAUUUCUAUACUGUAUUUUAGAGGAAAAAAGACAAAAGUUUUGCUUUGAUGAAGGGAAGAACACAGUGAAUGUUUUUCAUAUAGCUUUAUUCUCUUUUUUAUAUAUCGUAUUGACUGAGAAAAAAGUUUCUAUUCAGUUCAGUUACACAACGGUCUUGAUUGUUUCUCCGAGUAACAGUAAGAGUAACAGUAAUAGUUUAUCUUUUUUUUUUUUUUUGAGGUAAAUUGUUUUAAAAGUAGACUUUAAAAGUAGGCCGCAUUUUCAUUGUUCAAAAAAAAUGUUUCUUUUGAUUUAAUGAGUAAAAAUCCGACCUACAUAUUUCUAAAGCCAGGUUCACACUGUACGAAUUUGGCCACGUUUUGGCCGUCUGAGACCAAUUCUGAGAAUCCUAAAAGAUUCAGAUGAAUCAGAAGCAGCCUUUGCAAUUCUGGGGCCGUUUCAAACAAACAGUUGGAGUAUGAAUACAAAUAGGCAACAUCAAAAGGAAAUGUUUUACACUUGCUCAGAUUUUGACGUUUUGAUUUUGGCUUUCCAAUAACGGAGUGCUGCAAAAGAUCUGACAAAUUUAUCCGUAUCCAGCGAUGUCAUAACAGUCUUUCUUGCAGCAUGGUGGACCGCAGGCGCGAGAUAUAAAUAUAGAAAAUGAAACAAUGGAAAACACGCAAUGAAACUAAAACUGCCAGUAGGUGGCGGCAAAUGAUUCUCUCUAGAUUCACGAGUGAGUCAUUGAAUCAUUCAGUCAACCGAUUCCUUCUUAACGCAGAGUAAUUCAGUUGUUCCAAGAUGCGCAAUAGUUCUACUGGGGAUGUUAUGAAAAUCUAACAAUGAAAGUCACCAAACAUUAACUUCUUGUUUAUUGAACUGUUGUAUAAAAUCAAUAGGCUAUCACAUUUGCAAUCGUGCUGAUAUUCGGGAAAACAGCAGUCUAUAUUCUGUUAUAAAUAUUAAAGGGUUAGUUCACCUAAAAAUGACAUUUUUGUCAUUAAUUCCACACCCGUAAGACCUUCGUUCAUCUUCAGAACACAAAUGAUGAUAUCUUUGAUGAAAUCCAAGAGGUAUA